AUAUAAUCAGACAUCGCUCCGCCAGAGCAGCAAAAGACAACAGACAACUGAGUUAUGAACAUCUUCUCUGAAGACACUGUGAAAUUUGCUGACCACCUCUUCAACAUGGUCCACGGCGGCGCUGGCCAAAAGGGGUCACACAGGUGUGGGUGGGCAUGCCUGGGUCCAUUGACCUUCCAUGCCCAGGCAGUGGGAGCCCAGGUCACCUUGAGCAAGGGGGGGCUGCUAGCAGAGAGGAGUGGCCAAAAGUUCAACAAUGGCCUGGUGUUCAGCAGCCGCCCGGUGAAGGUGAACGAAAGGCUUCGUCUGAGAGUGGAGAGAAAAGUGCAGGGCUGGCACGGAGCCCUGCGUGUGGGCUUCACCACCGUGCCACCCACCGAGAGAUGUCUGCCUCUGCCCUCCAUGGCCAUUCCCAACCUCACUGAGACCGCUGGGCACUGGGCUGCACCCAUACCUGAGGAGUACUGCCGAGAAGGCUCAGAGCAGGAGUUCUGGGUCUCUGAAUGUGGGAACAUCUACUUCUCCAGCAACGGCGGCAGACGGGUCAAACUGCAGUCUGGGGUGGACCUCAGCGAACCCCUGUGGGCCAUGAUAGAUAUCUAUGGACAGACACUCUCCGUUCUGCUUCUAGGAUCUGAAAGAAAAACAUUGAUGGGCACCAGAAAUUCCUGCCCCAUUCCAAGCCACCUCCUUGCACCUCACGUCAACACCUGCCACAAUUUGAACCAUGUUUCCAGUUCAUGGUCUCGCCCAGGAAGCCUCGAUGAGACCAGUGACAAUCUCCUGUCAUCUCAUCUCAUCCAUCCAGCCAUGAGAUCCUCACUAGACUCAGAGGCGGUAGAUGACUGCGUGGCGUGUAUGGAAGUGGACGCCAGCGUCACUCUGCUUUGUGGCCACCGGUGUUUAUGCCUCAACUGUGCCACCAGAGUCAUCCAGGAGAUCGGCACCUGCCCGCUGUGUCGGGGGGAUAUCUGACGUUCACCAGUGGAAGGAGAGAGGAGGGGGAUCCCCAGGGCGCCCCGGGACACGUGACCACCCUGGACACAAGCUGCUGACUGACUGUGAUCAACAAACACUGUGAAGAAACAACAAACUUUGUAAAUAUGUGAAUAUUGUAUCCUAACUGCACAUGAUCUCCAAGUGAAUGAUUUUUUUUCAAUUCGCAAAAGAUUGUAUGAAAUCACAUCAUGCACUGCACUCAGCUGUAGCACACAUGCACUUUGAUUUGAUGAGGAUAAAAUCAAGCAUUUUUUCUUCUUUGGUGAGGACAAUCUAUCAUCUAUAACUGAGAUUAGCAUCAGCAAACAAGAAAGUGCCAUUUAAGUAAAACGUGUCACCCGUAGAUUCUCACCCUCCAGAGUCUGGAGUGACCUGUCUGAGGAUCUCUAGCUAAUUCAAUCAGUACCAUCCUUAUCUUGUAAGUCAGGUAUUUCUAUGGCAUUCUUGUUGUUACUUGUGCUCAUUUAUUUUAGGAACAUGAUUACUGUAUUUUAUUUGAUUGCUGAAGCACUUUAAUCUCUUUUGAAAAGAGCUAUGUACAUUAUGCUUAUGUAAUUAUUCUUA